AUGGCUGGUGAUAUUGAUGUUGACUGGAUUAGUUACCAUCAGAGCGUUCAGAAUGUGAUUCGCCCGACAGCACCGGCCACCACCCCAUAUGAGACAGAUGAUGGAUAUCUUGAGUGGUAUUAUCGUGUUUCGCAUCCUCGACUGGUACCGCUACCCUAUCAUGAUGCGCCACCAGAGAUGCCAGUUCCUGUAUAUGAAGCAGGACCAUCUGAUCCUAGCUGGGCUCGUGUGUCUUCGUUGAUUCAUCGUUAUCUUCAGCAGGCUGGUGCUGAAGAUGAUGACCCACAGUUUGCAGAUUUGUUCGAAGCUUUGUAUAUUUCUCGAUCACAAUGA